UGGAAAUGAAACCUGAAUUUCAUGCUCAGAGACAUGGCACCGUAAUGAGGAGGAAACAGUUGGAUAUAGUUUGAUAUGAGGGGGCUGGUCUGAAUCUCGCUGUCCUUUAUUGGCGUGGAAAAGAAGCCAGACGCACUUUGGAGUUCAGUGCCGGGACGUCGCAGUCCUCUCAUCCACACAAUCGGUGCUCCGCCCGACAUCCUCUCUCUUCUGCCUACCGCCGUGUCUCAUCUCCUGAGCAGAGCCAAACGGAGAAGCAUCUUCCGGGGAAAUAUUCUACGCUCUCUGGACUGGAUGGGAAGAAGGAUAAUCUUUGACCUUGGAAAAUGAAGAUGUUGUUGCCAUGGGAACUGUUAAUCCUUCUGUUACUCAAAGAGUGCCUGGCUGAGAAUAUACGCCAUGGUCCCGUCUUCACCCAGGAGCCAAGUGACAGUAUUUUCCCCCUGAGCACUGACGAUAAGCAGGUGUUCAUUAAUUGCAAAGCAAAAGGAAACCCUACUCCUCAUUACAGGUGGAAAAUGGAUGGGAAAGAAAUAAACACAGAGUCCGAUCCAUACUACGGCCUGGUGGAGGGGAACCUGUUGAUCAGUGAUCCUCACGUCAUGGAUCAUGCAGGAGUGUACCAGUGCAUCGCCACCAACACAUUUGGGACUGUUGUCAGCAAGGAGGCAAAUGUCCAGUUUGCAUUUCUGCAGAACUUCAGCAUGAAGUCCAGGAACACGGUGUCGGUGAGAGAGGGUCAAGCCGUGGUUCUUCUGUGCGGGCCUCCACCCCAUUACGGAGAGAUCAAAUAUUCCUGGGUUUUCAACGGGCAGCGGAGCUUUCUGCAACAGGACGCACGUCGCUUUAUCUCUCAGAGGACAGGCAACUUGUACAUAGCCAAAGUUGAAGCCUCCGACGCGGGGAACUACACGUGUGCGGUGAGAAACAUGAUGACCAACGCCACAGUGCUCAGCUCUCCAACCCCUGUGGUGGUGCGGAGAGACGUAGUGAUGGGCGAAUACGAGCCAAAAAUUGAGGUUCAGUUUCCCGACACCCUUCACGUCUCUAAGGGAUCAUCAGUGAAGCUGGAAUGCUUCGCCUUAGGAAACCCCGUGCCUUCCAUCUCAUGGAGAAGAGGUGAUGGAAAUCCACUCCCUGGAAAGAUUAAAAUCAACCACUCCAGUGGGGUUCUUGAAAUCCCAUAUUUUCGCCCUGAGGAUGCUGGUGUGUACGAGUGUGUUGCUGAAAACAGCAGAGGACGAAAUGUAGCCAGAGGGCAACUUCUAUUCCAAAAUGUUGAACAUCUGCACUGGGUCCAGACACUGAGAGAUGCUCACAUGGCAAUUGAUGCUAAUCUGCAGUGGGAAUGUAAAGCCAGUGGGAAGCCCAGGCCUGAAUACAAAUGGUUGAAGAAUGGCCAGCCCCUGACAGCAGAGGGGAGGAUCCAUGUGGAAGAUGGUAGACUGACCAUAUCCAGCAUUACUCUGUUGGACUCUGGGAUGUAUCAGUGUGUGGCAGAGACUGAGCAUGGAGCUGCCUAUGCCAGCGCUGAGCUCAAGGUUGUUGCCUCCCCACCGGACUUCACUCGAUGGCCCGUGAAGAAGUCAACAGUGAUCCAAAGGGGGGGCGAGGUGGUCCUGGAGUGUCGCCCCCACGCUUCCCCCAGAGCCGCAAUCUCCUGGUGGAGAGGGGGCGAACUCCUCGAGGAGAGCAAGAGACAGACUAUCCAGGAGGAUGGGACUCUGCGUAUCACCAACAUCUCCAAAUCUGACGGAGGCAGGUACACAUGCUUGGCCAGAAACCACUUUGGAACAUCCAGCAGCACAGGAACGCUUGUGGUGAAAGAUCCUACAAAGAUUACAGUCCCGCCCUUGAGUUUGGAUGCCAGCGUUGGACAGAGCCUUGUGCUGCCAUGCGAGGUGUCCAGUGACUCGUCCCUGAGUCCCGUCUUCAAGUGGUUCUUCAACGGGAAAGCAAUAGAUUUCAACAGGCAGGAGCACUUUGAGAUGAUAGGAGGGGGAUUUGCAGGUGACCUGAUGGUGAGGAACAUUCAGCUAAAGCAUUCUGGGAAAUACGUGUGUAUGGUACACACUGAAGUUGACACUGUCUCAGCAGCUGCAGACUUAAUUGUCAGAGGACCCCCUGGUGCCCCGGAGAGCCUGGUGCUGAAUGACAUCACUGACACCACUGUGCAACUGUCCUGGGGCUCCGGACCUGACAACCACAGUCCUGUUACCAGGUAUAUGGUGCAGGCCAGGACCCCCUUCUCCAUAGGCUGGCAGACUGUGAGAACAGUUCCUGAUUCUGUGCCUGGACAGAUGAUGCGUGCAACCGUGAGAGAUUUGAACCCCUGGGUGGAUUAUGAAUUCAGGGUGGUUGCAAUCAACAGUGUUGGUGUUGGAGAACCCAGCACGCCGUCAAAACAGACUCGAACCAAAGCAGCAGUUCCCAAGGUUGCACCAGUUAAUGUGAGUGGUGGCGGAGGAGCUCGAGGAGAACUUGUCAUCAUGUGGGAGCCGGUUCCAGAGGAACAGCAGAGCGGAGAGGACUUUGGUUAUGUUGUGGCUUUCCGCCCACUUGGCAGCAGCACCUGGAUCCAGACAGUGCUGGUGUCGGCUGAUGCAUCGAGAUAUAUAUACAGAAACGAAAGCAUCGCUCCCCUGUCCAAGUUUGAAGUGAAAGUGGGAGUCUACAACAGCAUGGGAGAGGGGCCGUUCAGCCGCAUCCUCACCGUUUUUUCCGCAGAAGAAGAGCCCUCUGAGGCGCCAUCAAGAGUAUGGGCCCGUGCUGUGUCAGCGUCUGAGAUCGAGGUGUACUGGGAGCCGAUUUCCCCCAGGUCCAGCGGUGAGAAGAUCAUUGCAUAUGAGGUUCUCUUCUGGGAGGAAGGGUCUCAGCAGAGUGAAGCGGAGACAGCGAGGGUUAUCGACAUCACGGCUCAGCUCUCCGGCUUGAAGGGCAGCACAGCCUAUCAGAUCUCAGUCAGAGCCCAGAACAGCGCUGGUCUCGGACCCUGCAGCACCGCUCUCAACAUCACCACCAAGAAACCACCUCCAAGUCAGCCUCCAGGGAACAUUGAGUGGAACCUGAGCAACUCUAAGAUUUUUCUCAAUUGGGAACAUGUCAAGGCGAUGGAAAAUGAGUCUGAGGUGACGGGAUACAAGGUUGUCUAUCGUCAGAACUGGCACAGCAGGACUUCUGUACUGGAAACCAAUAAGACCAGUGUGGAGCUUCACAUCCCCUCCGGAGAGGACUACCUCAUUGAGAUCAAAGCUCUGACUGAAGGGGGCGAUGGCACCAGCAGCGGCCCCAUCCGCAUACCAAAGAUGUCCAGUCUGAACUCAAGAGGGUGUGUGUGUCCGGUUCCCAUGAAGACUUGCGGUGUUGUGAUGUUUGCUGUUUUUGUAAUCUUUCUCAUGUAGCUUAUAUGUGCCUCUAUAUUCAGCUCUGGGCACUAGAAGGAAUAUAGUUUAAAGUUCUCUUCUACACCUCGGAUGUAUGGAAUAAGAAGCUAACUUGACAGUUUUUAAACCUCUGGUUUGUGAAUGAAAACUGGAAGAUGUGUGUGUUCUGACAGGCUGUCAAAUGCCCACAAAAAUGUGUCUGGACUGUUACUCACAGGCAAGAGCAGAGUUACAAAACAUUUUCAUCUGCCUAUUUUCAGGACCACUGCAGCCCUCCAGGAUGUAUGAGUUUGAUAAACGUGGAAAUGUGGGUUUCUUAUCUAUUUCAGCUCCCCCCUUUUCACCUAUUUUGCCUCGAAUUCCAAGUUAUUCCUUGGCUUGCUGUGACUUCUGAAUGUUACAGACCAACAUGUAAAAUUGACCUAAGCAUAUUUCUCAAAACAUCAGAUACAGGUAGAGGGUCCAAAAGUUCAACGCCCACAAAACAACGGUCCAACGUUUGAUUUCAUACAACAUGAAACAACACCUGAUGGAUUUAUCUUUUAUUUUAGUAAAUCACUUUCAAAUUGUGUGUGCUUAUGCUUAACCCUACACAACCAACCACCACAAGUAAGCUAAUGGAUUGUAAUAGCAUCGGCUCGUCAUUACAAAAUGAAACAGAGGUUUUUCUCAAAAGAGUAACUGAUUUGGGGUUUUUUUCAUCGCACCCUUUAAUAUGUUUAAGUCACAAUGGAGAAUUAGAAAGGUAAACAAUCAGAGAUUUGGAUUUGUUAUGCUAGUAGCAUCCGAUUUAGCCUCAAGCUGCUAGCCUCAGUGGUAGUAAAGCAGAUUAGGGGAGGGUUACAGAGGUUUGCUUACCUCCAUUGAUUGUUUGUUUUUAUAUUUAUAGAUACAGAUCUGUCUUCAGCCCCACCAUGCACUGACUCAAGUGACAUUGAUGUCGAAGAAUCUCAACUUUUACUUUCAGCACAGCAGCACUUAUUUUCAAAGCAUAAGCUCACCAAAUAAAACUAGUAAUACGCAAUAGGAACAAUAAAGACGAUGGACUGAAACAUUCCUAUAGCUUUGCUUUCUGUAUUCAUUAACCUUUCUGUAAUUGCUGGUUUAUUUUGGGUUAUAGCUGUACAGUGCUCUAGAGACUUCUGAUUUCAACCCCACUGAUUCACUGAAUCCAUUAUAACAGACAAUCUUCAUCCACACUUCAAUAUGCCUUCAUCAUCAUCAGAGUUUAAGACAGACAAGAAUGUUUUUCUUGUUGAUUUUAUGCAAGGAAGCUUUUGAACAUGCAUCGAGAAACUCCUACAUUUCCCGCUUAAAAAGGUGAUGAAGUCAUGACAUGUUGAACAAUGCUGUUUUGCCUAAUCAAGUUGUCAACCACUCAAAGACAUACAAGUGCAGGCUUAGCAAACAUGAAAUGUGUUAUAACCUUUAUUAGUUUAUUUGAAACGUGUACUUUGUGUGAUUUGUUGGCAAAAAAGGGCAUUUGUGAAACCAAAACCUUUUUUGAGGUGCGCUUAUCAUAAAACGCUUACAUUAGCAUUCCACUAUAACCCAGUAGAAAUUGAAGUGAAAACUGAAUUUUACAAUGUUACAUCCUUACAUCUAAGAAGCAACAUUCUGUUAAACACAAACAGGCUUUUAAUCGUGCUAUUUAGCAUAAAUUAACAGGAUAACACUUCAUAUCGUUGAAUAAUUUAUAGAGUGGCCAUUCCGCAAUAUGAACAUAAUCUGCAUUUUUACUUCAUUUCAGCAAAGACUAAUUGCCCUGAUGCUCAAUAGUUUUAAUGAGCAUACUGUGUAGGAGGCAAGUUCUGAGUUACAUUCCUGAUGGGUAACUGGAAGGUGUGUUUCCUGUUGUUGUGAUGAAAUGCAAAGACUUUCAUAUUUUAGAUUUGUUUGCUCUGUGUUUUUCUCAUGUUCUACACACACAAAGGGUUUGUCUGUUUCAAAACGCAUCAUUUUUUGGCACACUUAUAUUUUUAACAUACAGUAGGUUCAUCCCCAAAAAAAGGUCCCCUAUUAUGCAAAAUGCACAAUGACUCACAAAGUGUCAGAAAAUACAACCCUCUCUCUUUUCCUCCUUACCCACAUCUCUAAAAACGGGGGUACAAACGAGCUGAUCCAGAUUUGCUUCGGUUGACAGGGUAGGGUUAGGGUUAGACGUCAUAUCUGAAAUGUGGCCUGGCUUUACAUUGAACUCCUGGCAACGUCCCGCCCACGUGACACGUCUCAACCUAUCGUCCCCCAUAUACAGUCGCCGAGCUGAAUCCCCUCCGCAGCACCUCUGUGUCUCUGUGCAGGAUGUCUGCAGGAGGGACUGAGAGUAACAUAGUAUGGGUUUCAUCACGGCAGCGUUUGGCUGAGUGUCUCCAUUAGAAACUUCACUCUUCAGACAGAGAGAUCAUGAUGCUGAAAAGGGGCGUGGCCAGCUUCAGCUCAGCUCACAUUUAAAGCGACAGUCUCAGAAUCAGCACUUCAGGAACAGGGCUGAAAUAGAGGGGGGUGAGGCAUGCUGCAAUGGGUGACCUGUUUGGUAUUUUGAGCCAAACACUUCACAGACAGGUUUUGUAUAGAUAUUGCUCUACAAUAUAUUAAACAACAACCAUCAUUAAUACUAUGUGUUUAUUUUCUUAUGAUUUGUAUUUUUUUUGUGUGUGAAAAGUAUCACGAAUAUAUUUUGUCCUUUUGAGGAAAGAUAGGAUUUGAAUUGACAAACUUCAGAGCGAAGAUUCAGAUCUGAAGUGUGAUAAAAUCUAUUUGUAUUUUAGUCACAUAUAUAGAAUAAGUGUGUGUUUUGUAGUUAAGAAGAUCCCACAUCCCACCUCACAUCUUCAUGAAAUGUCGUUGCUUUGUAUGAUUUACUUUGAUGUCUCAAAUGUGUGUGUAUGAUUCGUUCUCCCAUUUCUGAUUA